UUGUUUUGGUUUAUUGGUUAUUAGUUAGAAACUAACAUGAAAUCACUGUGAGACCUUGUGAUUGCCGGAUAAUUAUGAAUAUUAUGAUUCUCUAACGUUUAUCAUCAAGGGAGUUCACGAUGGAGCAAGUCUACGCUUUGGAGGUUACUUUAAUCGAAUUUGUUCAAGACUGGUUCCGUGACUGGGACAGUUACCUAGAAUGGGUGAACGACAUUUCGAACCCGCACAUGUUGCUGGAGUUCCUUUUCCCUCUCAUCUCCAUCGUGGACUCGGUGUUCGCUGCUCAGAUGCUGCUGGUCCUCAGCUUCGGGGGCUGGCUCAACACUGUCAUGAAAUGGUGGUUAUUAGAAGACCGUCCAUACUGGUGGGUGCAAGAAACCACGUUCUACACCUCGCACCGACCGCGGCUUAAACAGAACCGACAGACAUGUGAAACGGGCCCUGGGUCACCCUCGGGCCAUAGCGCAGCCGGCGCCGCGGCGUUGGUGUUACUACUCAUGUUCAUAUCUCACAUCAUGCGAGAUCGUAAAUUCUACAUGCGCUACUGGAAGUACCUCAUGUAUCCGCUGUGUAGCGCUGCGAUGGGCUCUAUCCUGCUAGCCAGGGUGUAUGUGGGGGCACAUUUCCCGCAUCAAUGUCUGCUUGGUGCUUUGGUUGGUGCCUUCAUGGCACCAGCGCUAUGCAUCUAUGUAUCCGACCCGUACAUCUGGAAGUACGGUCCGGGUCCGGAGCGGUCCGGCGCGGCGUGGCACGUGGCCGCCGCGGUCAUAGCGGCCGCUAUCGGCGGAGUCACCUACGCCGCCCUCAAGAUAUGUGGGAUAGAUCCGCAGUGGACUGUCAAAUUGGCAUUCCGUUGGUGCCAGCAACCUUCAGAGAUCCACGUGACCACGACACCUUUGUUCUCGCUGAUGCAGAGUACCGCCGCCAUGUUGGGUUGGGCUCUUAGCGUGUCCCCCGCAGUGGCCGAAUACCGUCAUUAUACCCCACACCGCUCGCUGAUUAUAUCAUCAUUCAUAACCGGUGUUAUUAUGUACGGCUUCCAACAAUUAUCAGCACAUGUUGACAAGACCAAUGUUUACAGGUUUUACGCGAGUCACUUCGUGCUGAACACAGUGAAACCGGCGUUACUGCUGCGGCUAACUCCGGCCCUCGCCAUGCUGCCUUUUACCCCCAAGGAUAAAAUCGAUUAGACAAACUUAUUGUUUCAACCCUCUGAACGCCACGCUCAUCGUAUGCGGCCAUUGAACUAUUAUUCAUGCAGUUUAAAUAUUACAUUGUGCAACGAGGGGGGUAAGUGAAAUUCUGCAAACGAGGUCUUUAGAUGCACGACAGCCGCAGAUUGGAGUGCGUUAUAGACUCGAGUUUGCAAUAUUCUUACCCCCGGAGUUACACACAAUGUUUUUCAUCACACUUGCGAAGAAAAAACAAAAUUAAGUGAAAUAGUUCUUAAAUGAUUGAAAUGACAUUUCAAAGAGUCGUCCGCCAUAUUGUCAUUCUUUGACAGGUUACGCAUCGUUUUUUCUUACUGCAAGCUAAGUUUCCAAAGGCAACAUUCGAUAUUGUUUUUAUUCCUUACUUGUUGUUUUUCUUAUUUUGAAAAUUUUGUAAAAAUAUUUUUUUAAUACAGUUGCUCAAAAAGUGCUACUUUACGUAGCUAGUUAGCGUGCGGAAAGUUGGCAUUCGUGAACUAGUGUUAUUUACUUUUCCAAUUUUUUUUAAUUUAUUCUUGUUCCAAUUCAUGACUACUUAUUGAUGAGUGUUAAUAUUAGUUUCCUUGAAACGUCGUAACCAACAUAAAAACCUACUGUUAAUGUAAGAAUACGAAAAAUAUACAUAUUUCAUAUUUUAUUACUUAACUUUUCAUCAUUAUAACACGUUUAUUUUUUAAUAUUGAAGAUUGAAAAACCGUUCUUAAUAAGUUGUCUGAAUGGAACGGAAUAGCUAUGGAAGGUAGAGGUAGGAAUAGCUGCCGAAACGCCUGUCAAAGAAGAGGCGUUUUUUCUUAAUGCAAGCUAAGUUUCCAAAGGCAACAUUCGAUAUUGUUUUUAUUCCUUACUUGUUGUUUUUCUUAUUUUUUCGGAACUGUAUUAAAAAACGUCUUUUGAUACACGUGCGGAAAUGUCAUUCUUUCUUCAAAGUAAUGACAUACUUUCCGCACUAGCAUCGAAAUGUACUAUCAAGUACUAUUAAACGGUUAUUAAACAAUGAAAAUAAAUUAUAAACGUCAGUAUUUAAAAAGUAAAACUUUUUAUAUCUACUUGGUUCGUAUGAAUUAGUGAUACAAUAGUGACACUAAGUAACAGCUUUUUUUUCACCAUCCAUAACUCCCGUGGGAACAAUAUAAGCCUUUGUCCUUCAGUAUACCUGCAUGAAAUAAAAUCUUUUUUGAGCAAGUGUGAUGAAAAAUAAUAAAGGCCAUGUAUCACAUGUAUUUUUAAUACAAGCUCAAAUUUUAGCGGCGUAGGUUUCGGUGCUAUAAAACGAUUAAGAAUUUCUUAAUUUACUUUUAACCGUAGUACUUAUUUUUCACAUAGAUUGGGUACGGUGACAGCUGUAAUUUUGCGUUUUAAGGUUAUAAAUUGGAUGGAGAUGACAGGUGUCACCUUACUCAAGCUACAUGAAAAAUGUUAUAAUAGCAUAUAAUAGUGCAAUUAAUUUUUUAUUUUUUUUCAAGCGGUAAUGUAUGGCAUACAAAAUGUGUAUGCAAUAUGUACAUUACGCGACGUCACAAAUAACUGUCACAUACAGGAAUAUAAUUCGGAUUUUUUUACUGAAACAUAUAUUACUUAAUUCAUAUCAAUCGUGUUGUGAACGUGUGAUUUAUUUAUUUGUCCAAAGAUGUUGCUUUUGCACUUUUCACUAAGAUCUAAAGUACUAGUCCUAUCUACCUAUAUGUAAAUGUGUGUCGCUUAACUUCAAACUCGGGUGAAUCCAUUCGACCCUCAGCAAAUCUACCCUUGAAAUAAAACUAUGAAAUCGGAUUAUAUCGAUUGAAUUUAGUAUACAUCCCGACGUUUCGAACCCUUUACAGCGUUCGUGGUCAACCGCCGACAUCCGUCACCGUCGCCCGUUCAUAUUUUUAUUUCAUGAGUAACUAUCGCGGUAACCGAAGAUAAUAUUAAAAUAUUACAUAUCUACCCUGUUACCUUUUCCUAAUACUAAAAUCGCAUAAUCUGGCUUAUAAAAUAAAUGAUUAAAAAAAAUCGCGUAACGCACAGAUGGAUUUAACCGAGUUUAAAGUUAAGCGACUCAUGUGCUACAUGAAUACCUAUAGGUAUACAAGUAGGGUUCUCAACCUUAAAAAAUGCAGCCACAAUUUUUAUUAUAUACUCGUUUUUGUGUAAAGGUAGAACAUUUGUAAUAAACUUUACCAACGCAAACGCUGUGAUAUAUUUAUUUAGCGAAUUUAUUUAUAUUAAAUGCACCUUAAUGAAUAAAGAAACGGAAGCAAUACAA